AUGACCAGUUCACGCCCACCCUCAAGCUGGCUGCAAGUCGAUGAAACUCGGUACGUUCGACCGCUGGAUGCGCUGGAGACCCUUCUGAGCAGUGUGUACAUCAAUCCGCUUCAUCCUGGGUUCCGCACACAGGACAUAGUCACCAGUAUUCGAAUCCGCACGUCGAUGAGCAACGGCAUGCUUCUUCAACAUGCCCGGCGCGCCUGGGAGCAGAUGCGCCAUCUCCACCCGAUGAUCGCCGCCGAGUAUGACGAGAAGCAGCAGCAGUACGUGUACCAGUCUCCUAUCAGUCGGCGUGAAGUCGAGGAAUGGCUCGAGCAGAGCUUCAUUGUUGACUCGGGCUGUUUUCACCACCCUGCCCGUGGGCACGACUACGGGCGCGUCCCAGCGUCCGAUCGCCCGGUCCUGUACUACUUCCAGGGCGAAGGGCGCUUCGUACUGCGCUGUCCCCAUAUUCACGCGGAUGGCACGGCAACCGGGAUUCUGCUGAAAGACUUUCUAUCCGAGCUGACCACUCCACGGGAAUUGGAGGCCGGGGCGUUCGGCGACGAGAUUCGCAACCUUCCCCCCGGUGCCAUCGAGGCUGCCAGGAUUCAGGUCCCCUCCGUCACCACAGAAGACACCCGCCUCAGCAGCCGGGAGAUGCACAUCCCUACUUCCGGGGAGACGUUGUCCCCGAAACCCGGGCGACUCCAGGUUCUUGCCUUCUCGGAGACAGGAACCGCCACGAUCCUGCAGCGUGGCCGACAGACGGGACUCGGCCUGACCGCGCUCGUGCACACGGCGCUCCUGAAAGCUUGCAAGGCCAUGACGAGAGCAGAUUCUCCGCCGCAGGACACACACACCUCGCUCACGGGUUUCAACCUGCGCGAUCGCUGCGACCCGUCACUUCCGGACGCGAUCGGGGCGAGGGCGUUUGCGCCGCGGGCUAGCAUGUGGCCUUAUCAGGUCCGGGUCGGGGACUACUGGGAGACGGCGCAGGCGUUGAAGGUGGAGUAUCGCAGUCUUGCGCAGAGCAAAGAUCGGAUUCUGGAGGCAUCGGUGCCUUGCCUGCGCAAGUUCCUGCCCGCCUGGUUGGAGAAGGAACCGCCUUUCUUCGCCAGCUUUAUCGGCGAUCUUUCCCUCCUGUUCGGCCGAUCGAGCGGGUCGUUGCAGGUCGAGGAGGCAUGGAUAACGCUCAUCCCCAUGACGGCGAUGAUGUAUCUGGUUGUGCAGACGUUCCGGGGCCGGUUGGCUGUCAGGUUGAGUUAUAAUGAGGCCUAUUGGAGGGAUGAGCAGGUGGCGGAGUUUCUUGGGAGAGUGAAGGGAGAACUCGACCGCCAUGUCCUGACGGAAGGUGCUGUGGGGGUGUAUAGGGCCAACGGACAGACCUUGUAG